AUGACUUCUGGGAGCUCUAAUCGGAGAGGCUCUGGCCACAAGAGCUUCUUUGCCAGUUCAGAUGAUACAAAGAUUUGUGUGGUCAUGGUUGGUCUUCCAGCCAGGGGCAAGAGUCUCAUAGCUGGAAAGGCUAUGCGGUAUCUUGCUUGGGUUGGUAUUCCAGCCAAAGUGUUCAAUGUGGGCACCUAUCGUCGACAGGGAACUCCGCAGCCAACAGCUACUUUUUUUGACCCUCACAACACUGAAGGGGAGAGAAUGAGGAGAGCCGCUGCAGAGGCGGCAUUGUCAGACAUGCUCAACUGGUUCAAAGCGGGCAAAGGCGUUGUAGCUAUUCUUGAUGCGACCAACUCCACAAAAUCGCGACGUCGGUGGAUCUACGAAACCUGUCGCGAUGCUGAUAUUGAGACCCUGUUUGUCGAGUCAAUAUGCGACGACGAGGACCUCAUAAUGAAUAAUAUCCUCGAAGUCAAAACCACCUCACCGGAUUACAAAGGACAGGAUCCUGAGGUUGCUGCCUUGGAUUUUCGAAACCGCAUCCGCAAUUAUGAGAAAGUUUACGAAACCAUUGACGAUAAUGAGAAGCAAUUCACAUAUGUAAAACUCAUCAAUGUCGGCUCCACUGUCAUCAUCAACCAAAUAAAAGACUAUCUUUCGAGUCGAUUGGUGUACUACAUUCAGAACCUACAUAUCAAGCCUCGAUCAAUUUGGCUUUCUCGCCAUGGCGAGUCGGAAUAUAACCUCACGGGAAAAAUUGGCGGAGACUCCAACAUCUCAGAACGGGGUGAAGCUUAUGCUCAAGCUCUUCCCGGUCUUCUGCGAAAGUCUGGAGUUCCUCCUAAUGCCAAAAUCGUCAUUUGGACUUCCACUCUCAAACGAACGAUACAAACUGCUCGGCACCUGGCGGCUGAGACAGGCUACGAGAAGUUAGAGUGGAAAGCCCUCGACGAACUUGACUCCGGUGUCUGUGACGGGCUCACGUACGAGGAGAUUGCAGAGAAAUAUCCCGAUGACUUUGCAGCGCGUGAUGAAGACAAAUAUAACUAUCGUUACCGAGGCGGCGAGUCUUACCGUGACGUUGUCAUUCGUCUGGAGCCAAUCAUCAUGGAACUCGAGCGCAGUGAGAAUGUCAUUAUCGUCACUCACCAGGCUGUUUUGCGUUGCAUCUAUGCGUACUUCCUCAACACUCCCCAGGAGCAGAGCCCGUGGAUGGAGGUUCCUCUUCAUACGUUGAUCAAGCUCACGCCUCGUGCAUACGGCACCGAAGAACAGCGCUUCAAAGCUGACAUACCCGCUGUCUCCACUUGGCGUGCGAAGGGCACCUCAGCGAAACAUCAGGAAUUUCCCACCGAAGUGAAGCAUUGA